CUGGCGGCGUGAGGCGCGCGGCCCGGAGCGGGCGCGGCGGAGCCCCACCAUGCGGAGGCCGGCCCCGGCGGCGCGGGAGCCGGAGCGGGGGCCCGAGCAGACGCCGGAGCCCGAGCACGAGAGGCCGCGGGGCCCGGAGCGGGGGGCCGAGCCGCGCUGCUGAGGCCGGCCCGACGCCCGGCGCCGCCCGCGGGCCCGGCCACGGCGGAGCCCAGCUGGGAGCCACAAAAUUUAAGGCAGUGGGCCUGUGAGCACAAUGUCUCCUUCCCCCGAGAGCGACCCUGAGGCCACCGAGGUGAGCGUUGCAGCCGGGCCCAUGCCAUCAUCUCAGUAGGCGGAGCCGCGGGCUGCCACCUGCCCACACCAGGUGCCAUGGCGCACUAGCCGCGAGGAGCCGGGACCUCAGCUUUCGCAGUCUCGGGAUUUGCACGGCAGCAGAGUCACCGUGGAGAGGCCAGGGUAUCACAAACUUAUGGAUUUUGACAAGAAAGGAGGGAAAGGGGAGUCGGAGGAGGGCCGGAGAAUGUCCAAGGCCGGCGGGGGCCGCAGCAGCCAUGGCGUCAGGAGCUCGGGGACCAGCUCAGGGGUCCUGAUGGUGGGCCCCAACUUCCGCGUUGGCAAGAAGAUUGGCUGCGGCAACUUUGGGGAGCUUCGCCUAGGAAAGAAUCUCUAUACAAACGAAUACGUGGCUAUCAAAUUGGAGCCAAUCAAGUCUCGGGCCCCGCAGCUGCACCUGGAGUACCGGUUCUACAAGCAGCUCAGCGCCGCAGAGGGCGUCCCUCAGGUCUACUACUUCGGCCCCUGCGGGAAGUACAACGCCAUGGUGCUGGAGCUGCUGGGGCCCAGCCUGGAGGACCUGUUCGACCUGUGCGACCGGACCUUCACGCUCAAGACGGUGCUCAUGAUCGCCAUCCAGCUGAUCACGCGGAUGGAGUACGUGCACACCAAGAGCCUCAUCUACCGCGACGUGAAGCCCGAGAACUUCCUGGUGGGGCGGCCGGGCAGCAAGCGGCAGCACGCCAUCCACAUCAUCGACUUCGGCCUGGCCAAGGAGUACAUCGACCCCGAGACCAAGAAGCACAUCCCCUACCGCGAGCACAAGAGCCUGACGGGCACGGCGCGCUACAUGAGCAUCAACACGCACCUGGGCAAGGAGCAGAGCCGCCGCGACGACCUGGAGGCCCUGGGCCACAUGUUCAUGUACUUCCUGCGCGGCAGCCUGCCCUGGCAGGGGCUCAAGGCCGACACGCUCAAGGAGCGUUAUCAGAAGAUCGGGGACACCAAGCGGGCCACGCCCGUCGAGGUGCUCUGCGAGAACUUCCCAGAGGAGAUGGCCACGUACCUGCGCUACGUGCGGCGCCUGGACUUUUUCGAGAAGCCCGACUACGAUUACCUGCGGAAGCUUUUCACUGACCUCUUCGAUCGCAGCGGCUUCGUGUUCGACUAUGAGUACGACUGGGCCGGGAAGCCCUUGCCAACACCCAUCGGCACCGUCCACUCAGACCUGCCCUCCCAGCCGCAGCUUCGGGACAAAGCCCUGCUACACAGCAAAAACCAGGCGCUGAACUCCACCAACGGGGAGCUGAAUGCAGAUGACCCCACGGCUGGUCACUCCAACGCCCCUAUCACGGCCCCUGCAGAGGUGGAGGUGGCCGAUGACACCAAGUGCUGCUGCUUCUUCAAGAGGAGAAAGAGAAAAUCUUUGCAGCGGCACAAGUGAGCCCUGGCACAUGCAGCGCUGUGAGCCUUCUCCGGUGCGGUCCCUGGGGGCACGACCUUGUCCACGAGGCCCUUGGGGCCCACCCACUGCGGCCCAGGGCCGGACUCUGACCGAAGCCAGGAUGCAGACUGCAGGGGCUGCGGGGCCUCAGUCAGCCCACUGGCACCCCCACCCCCGGGAUGUGGGGUCACUUCAUUCACGUAAGACUUUGGCCGAAAUUUUUACACUUGUGUCUAGUUCUCCCCUCCAAGAGCAUUAACUAUUUAAAACAAGAAAAAAAAAGGAAAAAAACAGAGGCCUGUCCUGCCCCUGCCCCUCCCGCCCGUCUCUGCUGAAGUGAGUAGUGUCGUCCUGGAGGCCCGCCAGGCUGUGGCUGGCCCGCCCCCGUUAGCCUCAUAAAGUCCAGCUUGUCUCCCUCAAUCCAAAGGCCAUUUUCUCGAGGCGGGGGGUAGACCCGGCCUGGGAGGGGGCGUUGCAGGGCCAUCUUUCUUGGACCCAACCAGGAGGGGCACAGGCCUUGCUGCCAGGGGUGAGGCCGUGCCCUGGGCCUCCCCCAAACCAAAGGGGAAGGUGGGGGUGGGGCCACGGCCAUGGCUGGAGCCAGCCCCCCAACCAAAAUGCUGCACCAAAGCUCGGGCGCCAGCAGGCAUAGCCACCACAGCCUCUUCCUAGCGCAGCCUCCACUGGAUGGGUGGUGCUUGACGCACCUGCUCCUGGAGACUGUGCCCAGAACCUGCAAGGGGUGGCCGGCUGUCGUCACCCCUGCCCAGCCAUGCUCGGGCCACCUGGGCCCUGCUGCCUCAGGCGUGUGGCAUGUGGUUUCUGGUCUCUGCUCUGCCACCUGGCAAAGCAGCAGGAGACAAAACGCCUUAAAGCCCCCAGCCCAGCCCCACAGGUUUGUGAGCGGGGGGCAUGGGGGCAGCCAUGGGCCAUGGUGGGGGUAUCCCUGGUGGGGUCCCCGGGAGGCUGCCAGGUGGAGCAGAUGCAGCUGUGGCCUUCCUGGGGCAGUGGUCAUGUGAGUCUAGUCCUUGCUUUACAAAGUGUACAGAAAUGGCAUUUACGUUUCUCUGAUGCUUCCUUGAAGCCAUAGAAUUUAGGGGCUUUUUUAAAAAAAUAAAAAAUGAAGCCAA